AUGCUCGCCCUCCGCUCCGCUCUCCUCCGUCCUCGCUCAGCGUUUCCUGCUGCUGCUGUGCUGCGUCGCCACUUUGCGGCCAAGGGCAACCGCGAGCACAUCGUGGACUGGAUGGCGGGGCCUUCGCAGGCGUUGGACGUGGCGUCCACCAAGUUCGACACGCUGUCGCUGGGUUUCGCCGACGAUGACGCAGCCUCGGGGGUGCUGCACUUGAAGCUCAAUCGCCCGAAGGUGGUGAACGCCAUGAACAUGCAGAUGUGGGUAGAGCUGGCCCAAGUUUUCGAGCUGGUGGAGAAGGAUCCAAGUGUCAAGGCCGUCGUGGUGUCCGGAGAAGGCCGCGGCUUCACGAGUGGGAUGGAUCUGGACGUCUUCGCCCAGAUGCAGAAGGUGGCGAUGGCCGAGUCCUGCGAGGGGCGCAAGCGCGAGAGUCUCAUGCGCGUUAUCGACAAGUUCCAGCAAGUCAUUUCGGCUCCGGAGAAGUGUCGGGUGCCGGUCAUCGCGGCGGUGCAUGGUCCUUGUAUUGGAGCUGGCGUGGACUUCAUCACGGCCUGCGACUUGUGCUACUCCGAUGUGAGCGCUCUGUUUUCCGUGAAAGAGGUGGAUCUGGCCAUUAUCGCUGAUGUGGGCACCUUGCAACGACUGCCGAAGCUUGUGGGGGAGCGUCAAGCGAAGGAACUCGCCUUCACGGGACGGAACAUCGGCGGACUGGAAGCGGAGAAGCUGGGGCUUGUGUUGAAGGCUUUACCUGAUCAGGAGACGCUGAUGGCCCACGUGGGCGAUGUGGCUAAGACUAUUGCCAAGAAGAGUCCCCUCACCAUUCGCGGAAUCAAGCAAACGAUUCAUUACCAGCGAGACCACUCGACGACGGACUCGCUGCAGCAAAUUCGCUAUCACAACGCUGCUGUACUGUACAGUGACGACCUGGUGCAGGCUGUUGGUGCAGUUAUGAGCAAGACUGAGCCCAAGUUCCGUGAUGACUAG